AUGUCUUCCAUUCUCAAGGCCAAGCAGAACGGAGCCGCCACCAUCCACGAGCUUGAGGUCGUGGAUUAUGGUCGCCUCCGGAGUCGCGACGCUGCAGAGAUGGAGAAGCUUCUAUCCAACGCCCGCGCCCCGGGUGCCUUCUACCUCGAUCUACAAGACCAGGGGCGCGGCUCGUCAAUUCUCCAGGAGAAAGACUCGGUGUACCAGCUUGCCGAGCGAUACUUUGACCAGCUCCCCGCGUGGAAGGUCCAAGACGCGCGGGAGGACCAAAAGCCUUCGCAGGAUCGAGGGUACAAGCAGUGCGAUGGUGAUGAGUCCUACGAGAUAUCUCGCGACGAACGGCUCAGCGGCCAGGUGGUCCUGCCCGCCGCGUUCCGUGAAAAAGAAGCCAUGCUCGACACCUUCUCGGAAGGCUGCCACGAAGCAUGCCUGACGAUGCUGUCGUGCCUCUCAGAGUCUCUCGGCAACGGCCAAGGCUUCCAGGAGCAUCAUCGAUCGGGCCAGGCCAGCGACUCGGGCCUGAAGCUCAUCUACGAGCCAUGGCGGCACCGUGCAGCCGAUGUCGUCGACAACACGCAUACGGACAGCGGCACGCUGACGUUCUUAUUCUACGAGGAGCUGGGGGUGGAGGCGGAGAUGAAGGGAGGGGGAUCCGACGACGCCUGGGCCUUCAUCCCGGCCAAGGAAGGCUGCGCCAUCAUCAACGUGGCUGAUUCUCUGGAGCGCAUGUCGGGCGGGGCUCUGCACUCGCUGCUGCACCGAGUGACGCAGCCGGCUGAUGGGUUCAAGAAACGGUACUACAUCUCGUACUUCCUACGCCCAGAGCAGGCCUAG